UUCCGAAGAGAGAGAACCGCCAUGAAGAGAGAAGGGGGUGCCGCCCACCUCUGCUCCGACAGCCUCCCCGAGACCCAGCAGCAAGACGGCAACCACGCACCCAGCUGCUCCAGCCACAGCUCAUGCCGCCGUCGCCAGCGGCGCCGACAUGACAAGGCGCUGCAUGCCCGCUAGGCCAGGUUUCCCCUCAUCCCCAGCCCCAGGGUCGUCGCCCCCGCGCUGCCAUCUGAGACCCGGUAGUACCGUCCCUGCUGCAGCGGGAAAGAGAACAGAGAGUCCUGGGGACAGGAAGCGGUCAAUUAUAGAUUUCUUCAAACCAGCUUCAAAACAAGACAAACAUAUGUUGGAUUCUCCACAAAAAUCGAACAUCAGAUAUGGAGGAAGUGGAUUGUCCAUCACUGGAAGAGAGCAGUUUGAAAAGAAACUGUCCUCACCAAAAAGAUCUAAACCUAAAAGGGUGUCAUCAGAAAAAAGCCCUGUCUUGGAGGCGUUCAUGAAAGGUGUUAAAGAGCACCAUAGAGAUCGUGGUGUACAUGAGUCACAUCAGCCUUAUGUGUCACUCGCCACCAAAUGUCCAAAGGCAGUUACAAAAUAUGUUACUCCUUCAUAUCUCUUGUCAGGAGAAACGAAGAAAAAACAUCAAUCUCCAGAGGGAAGGAAGUCACAUUUCAUUCAUGAAAAUAGCAGGGAGAAGAAUGAUGGAGAUCGAGGCAAGAUCAGUGCUGAUUCUAAAAAGCAGGCCACAGUGACAGAAGCUGACAACUUCAAGAACAGCUCCAGAAGUCUUAGCAGCAGGAGCAGCCUAUCUAGGCACCACCCAGGAGAAAGCCCACUGGGAGCUAAGUUCCAGUUGAGUCUAGCUUCUUACCGAAAAGAAAGAGAACUAAAGAGGUUGAGAAGGGAACAAAUGGAGCAGAGAAUCAAUUCAGAAAAUUCUUUCUCAGCAAGCAGUCCUUCCUUAAAAUCCUCUAGUAUAGGAAGAAAACCAAGGCAGGAACAGAGUAAACGGAAUGAUGUCACAUCUCGAAACAGCAAUCUUUCAAACCUGGAAAAUGGACAUCUCUCAAGAAAAAGAUCCUCUUCUGAUUCAUGGGAACCUACUUCAGCAGGCUCUAAGCAGAAUAAAUUUCCUGACAAAAGAAAAAGGAACUCUGUGGACUCAGAUCUGAAAAGCUCAAGAGAAUCUAUAAUGCCAAAAGUAAAAGCCCCCUUGAGAAGCGUCCUGACAGACCACAUCAGAGAGAAGAGUUUGUAAAACCUGUUGCACUCAAAACACCUGGUAAUGUAUUGUGCUUGGAAGAUAUACCCAAGGAACCAUAUGAAGAAGCUGAUUACUCCUCUUCAGGCUUGGCACCUUCAAAUUCCGGGCACCAUUCUUCCAGGAAUAGUGACCAAAUCCGUUUGGCAAGUACCAAAGAGACUAAGAUGCAGAAACCCCAUUUACCUUUACCUCAGGAACAGUCUGCGGUUAAAAAAACUAGCAACCUUCAUAAAAAUAAAACUGCUAGCUCUGUGACAUCACAUUUACUUUCGCAUGUUCCAAGUGCUGGUUCCUCUGGGGUUCCAUUAAGUGUUAAAAAUUUAACUCCUACGGUUCCUAAAAAAGAUAAAGAGCGUUCCUCAUCUAAAGAAGGUUCUGGGCAUUCUACAGAGUCCUCCAAACACAAGGAACACAAGGCAAAGACUAAUAAGGCUGAUUCUAACAUAUCUUCAGGGAAAAUUUCUGGGGGAUCUUUGCAUGCAGAAUAUGGCACUCCUACAAAGUCUCCCCCGGCUGCUUUGGAAGUUGUGCCAUGUGUUCCAAGCCCAACAGCACCUUCAGAUAAAGCCCCUUCAGAUGAGAGUUCAGGAAAUUCCAAUGCAGGUAGCAAUGCACUGAAAAGAAAACUAAGGGGUGAUUUUGAUAGUGAUGAAGAAAGUUUAGGUUACAACCUAGACAGUGAUGAGGAAGAGGAAACAUUAAAAUCACUGGAAGAAAUAAUGGCUUUGAACUUCAAUCAGACUCCUGCAACUACAGGAAAGCCUCCUGCUCUUUCUAAGGAGCUUAGAUCUCAGUCAUCAGACUAUACAGAACGUGUUCAUAGUGGAACUUACACAAACACUUUAGAGCGUCUAGUGAAGGAGAUGGAAGACACACAAAGGCUAGAUGAACUGCAGAAGCAACUGCAGGAAGACAUAAGGCAGGGCCGGGGCAUUAAAUCCCCAAUCAGAUUUGGUGAUCAAGACAGUACAGAUGAUGAAGAUGGCCUUUUAGAAGAGCACAGGUACAUGGGGAAUAUAGUAAAUAACUAUGUAAUAUCUUUGUAAAUGGUGACAUCAUAACUAGUCUUAUCGUGGUGAUCAUUUUGAAAUGUAUAAAAGUACCAAAUCAUUAUACUUCAAAAUCACUAUAUUUGUGUUGUAGGUCACUUAUAUUAUACUUCAAAAACAAGCUCAUAGAAACAGAUCAGAUUUGUGGUUACCAGAGGUAGAGGGUUGGGCAGAGGGAGAGAUUGAAUGUAAGCAGUCAAAGGGUGUAUAGACUGCCAGUUAUAAGGUAAGUAAGUACUAGGGAUAUAAUGUACAACAUGAUAAAUAUGAUUAACACUGUUGUAUAUGAAAGUUGUUAAGAGAGUAAAUCCUAGGAGUUCUCAUCACAAGAAAAAGGUUUUCUUAUUUAUUUUGUAUCAUUGUGAGAUGAUGGGUUUUCGCUAAACUUGUGAUAAUCAUUUCAUGGUGUAAGUCAAUCUUUAUGCUGUAUAUUUUAUACAGUGCUGUGUAUCAAUCGUAUCUCAAUAAAACUGGAUAAAUACAAUCAUUCAGAAAGAAAAAGGGGCACAGGUAGAGCAUUUUUCAUAAUGUAUAUCCUAUUAAAAAUACAUUUUAGGAGUUCCUGUUGUGGCUCAGCAGUAAUGAACCCAACUAGUGUCCAUGAGGAUGUGAGUUCAGUUCCUGGCCUUGCUCAGUGGGUUAAGGAUCCAGUGUUGCUAUGAGCUGUGGUAUAGAUCACAGACACAGCUCAGAUCCAGCAUUGCUGUGGCUGUGGUGUAGGCAGGGCAGCUGCAGCUCCAAUUUGACCCCUAACCUGGGAACUUCCAUAUGCCAUGGGUACAGCCCUAAAAAGACAAAAAAUAAAAAAAAAAAUUUAAAUUUUUGGUUUUGUAAAAUGAAUGAGGCAUUGAUGGUUAUUUACUUUGUGAAUUAUUUAUGGUAGGUUUUUAAUCCAUCUGUGAUGGAUUUGAAGAGCAGGUGUUAAGGCCAAGUUAACAUUUUGUGUCUUUUAUUCUUUUCACACAGACACAUUCGGUGGCUUUGGACUAUAACUACUAGCAAAAAGUGGGAGGAGUAGAACAUGAGUUCUGUUCUCAUGCUAGACUUCUAAUCUGGGAUCAAUAGUGGUUCUAAGAAAGGGGGUAUUUUGCACCCAUCCCUUAAAUAGAAAACUAUACGCAGUAUCAACUGUUUAGUAUUCAAUAACUUCUUUUUUUCAGAGAAUUUCUAAAGAAAUUUUCAGUUACAAUUGAUGCUAUUCCUGAUCACCAUCCAGGCGAAGAAAUAUUUAAUUUCCUUAAUUCUGGGAAAAUUUUCAAUCAGUAUACCUUGGAUUUAAGAGACUCUGGUUUUAUCGGACAAAGUGCUGUAGAAAAGCUUAUUCUCAAAUCAGGAAAAACAGAUCAGAUUUUUUUGACAACACAAGGCUUCCUUACCUCUGCUUAUCACUAUGUCCAGUGUCCGGUACCUGUGUUAAAGUGGCUGUUUCGGAUGAUGUCAGUUCAUACAGACUGUAUUGUUUCUGUGCAGAUUUUGAGUACAUUAAUGGAAAUAACAAUUAGAAAUGAUACCUUCAGUGAUUCUCCAAUUUGGCCCUGGAUCCCAUCAUUGUCUGAUAUAGCUGCUGUGUUUUUCAAUAUGGGGAUUGAUUUUAGAUUUUUGUUUCCUCUGGAGAAUCUUCAGCCAGACUUUAAUGAAGACAAUCUAGUUUCUGAAACACAGAUGACAUUGGCAGUGAAAGGAAGUGAAGAGUCAUCUUAUGAGCCAAUUUUUUCAUCUCUUCCUGAAACCAACAUUUUAAAUGUGGUUAAGUUUCUAGGCUUAUGUACGUCUAUACAUCCAGAAGGUUACCAGGAUCGUGAAAUAAUGUUACUGAUUUUAAUGUUGUUUAAAAUGAGUUUGGAGAAACAACUGAAACAGAUUCCUCUAGUGGACUUUCAAAGCCUCCUGAUAAACUUGAUGAAAAACAUCAGAGAUUGGAACACAAAGGUGCCUGAACUCUGUUUGGCCAUAAAUGAACUCUCUAAUCAUCCCCACAACCUUCUAUGGUUGGUACAGCUGGUCCCUAACUGGACAUCACGUGGAAGGCAGCUGAGACAGUGCCUCAGCCUAGUGAUUAUUUCAAAGCUUUUGGAUGAGAAACAUGAAGAUAUCCCUAAUGCGAAUAAUCUGCAGAUAUCAGUCUUACAUCGCUACCUUGUGCAAAUGAAGCCUUCAGAUUUGUUGAAGAAAAUGGUCCGGAAGAAAAGGAAUGAACAACCAAAUGGCACUAUUGAUGAUAGUCUUCAUUUGGAACUUGAAAAGCAGGCAUAUUACCUGACCUAUAUUCUUCUUCAUUUAGUCGGCGAAGUUAGUUGUUCUCAUUCUUUUUCUUCUGGACAACGGAAGCACUUUGUGCUCCUCUGUGGGGCUUUGGAAAAGCAUGUUAAGUGUGAUAUUAGGGAAGAUGCAAGACUGUUUUAUAGAACUAAGGUAAAAGACUUGGUUGCCAGAAUACAUGGAAAAUGGCAGGAAAUAAUCCAGAAUUGCCGGCCUACACAGGGGCAGCUCCAUGACUUCUGGGAACCAGAUUCUUAACAGGAGUUGCAGCAGCAAAAUUAUGAACCAAGAGAAAUUCAAUAAGAGCCUUUCCUAAAGGAGUAGAAAAGAUUACUGCAACAUCUAGUGGAAGGCUAAGAAAAUGUGCUACUUGAAUGUAUAGUAUGAAGCUGGUAAUGAAGAAAUUGUCAUUUCUGAAGCAGAUAUGAGAUGUGAUCUGCUUAAUUAAGACAACUGGCCUUUUAAAAGAGCAGAAUCCCUAAGAGGGGAGGAUAGAAUCAUCUAAUAGCUGCAUGUCUAACCUUCCCCUUUUAACUCUCAUUAAAUCGUAGGCCAGUUAUCUUUUUUUUGGGGGGGGGGGGCGGGGGGUAUUCGCAGCACUUGGAUAAUCACAGGAAAUAUGUAAGAAAGGGUUUGAACCAACUUGAGAAGCUGGACAUGGAAACCAAAAUCAAGUGUCAGUUUGGUUUAAUUUUCCUGUUCGUUAUUUUAUGACUCAAAGGGAAAGCUUAAAACCGAGUUUAGUAGCAGAAAGGGUAAAUCUCUUCUAUAAGUCCUAUAAACCACUGGGAGGUUUCAGUCCAUGCAGUUUUUUUCGAUAUUCAAGGUUUAGAAAUAUAUUAGGUUUUAAAAAUACGUUUAAACAAACAGUUGCAAAACAGAAAUUUGGUGUAUUGUCAGAUCACCUUAAGGGGAAGAGGUUAAGCUCUAAAAUGGUGGCUCUGUUUUUAUUCCAAAACAUAUAUAUGCAGUUUGUUUUGGAUUUAAGUGCAUAUAUGUAUAUAUAUUUUUGAAAUACUGGCUAAAUCUUAGAACUCUGGCCCUUGGUAGCCAUAUUACAGAAGUCUAUAUUGUAAAAGCUUAAAGAUCUGGACAAGUUUCCAAAAAUCGUACUUUCAUGAGUAUAUAACCUUGGCAGAGACCCGAAUGGUGUUUAUUCUUUGCUACACUACGCACGCGUGUGUAUGUGUGUGUGUGUGUGCGGGUGUGUGCUUGUUUUUUAAAUUUGUUGCACUUGAAAACCACAGCUGCUCUAAAUUCCUAAACACUGGAAAGCCAUCCUUUGGUUUAUAUAGUAGAGGGUUAGUAGAAGCGCACAUGCUGGUCUUAGGCCCAGGGCCCUCUGAAGCCUUUGGGAAUAAUAGAUGUUUACUAGGUAACUGAAAAAUUCUUUUGUUGACUGAGUGUCCCUUUUAGGAGGAUUUGUUUCUUGAAGGAUAAGGCCAGCUUUGUUUUUCUUUCUUUCGACAUUGACUUAGAUGACACUGCUCUCCUGAGCACUCUACUGCCUCCAGUGGUGGGAGGAAAGAUGAUGGAGGGGAAGGGAAUUGGACUUUAUGGUAUGAGAGGGGAGGAAAUUAAUUUUGAAAAGUAGUUUUCUACCUCUAAACUGAGGCUUAGGAGUAAAAAGCAUUGUAUCCUAAAUUUAUCAUUUAAAAUAGUAUCAGUAAUUUUCGAGCCCAUGUCAGGCAUUGAGCAGUUAGAGAUUUUAUAGGGAAGACUAAGUUAAUCCAGUUCCCAAGAACCCCAGCUGAAUGAGGCUUCAAGAGUCAGACCAACAAAAGUUUUAUUCUGUGUUUACUGGUAAGAAUAUUAUCUUGAUACUACCUCUCAAGGGUAUUAUUAGAAAAUGCCACUUAUGGUUAACGAGAUAGAUACAAAUAGUUAUAUUUGACAGAAGCUUGAAACUCUGGCAUCUAUCUGCCCAACAAUGGGGGCUUUCACUCGCUGUAAUUUAAUACUUUGUAGAUACAUUAUUUGUGUGUAAUUUUAUAAGUGUUCAUAUUUUUCUCAUUUUGCAUUGUGUAAAGUGUACAAUAUCUCAAAGUAUAAAAUACUGCUUAUAUUGCUUGUAAUUACAGUGUGUAAAUAUUUUCUAAUCGUGUACAUUGACGGGGGGACAAGUGGGAUAUUCAGGUUUUUUUUUUUAAGUGACCCUUUUGUAUUGCAGUUUCAACAGAUAACUGCCCAUCAAAUUUAAAACCACUUUGAUACAUUUUUAUUUAGCAGUUCCAAUAAGAAAAGUCUAUUUUUAAUUGUCUUUCUCCAUUAUAGGAAAAUACUUCAUCUGUCCCUUUAAAAUAAAUGGCCAAACAUCAGUUUGGACCCUUUUUAUUUAUGACUGUGGUAGAUGUCUUUAGUCUCCAGGUCAUAUUCCAGCCAGUAUUUGCAUUGGGGUUCUCAUAAAAUUUUGUGAUUCUCCUUAGCACAAAUAGUCAUGAUUUUUCUCCCAAAUCAAGUAUUCUCCUUCUCCCUCUUGAGUCCCCAUGCUUUCUCUCCCUCUUGCUGCUGUUGCCCAGGAAAUGGGAUGGUAGUGCGGGAGAAUAUGUUCAUUGCACAGAGAAUGUCAGGCCACUUUUUGGACUUGGCAAACAAAGCUUGCCUUGAGUGGUGGUGUGUUUGGCAGUAUUUCUGUGCCAAAAAUCACUUUGUCUAAUUUUCUGGAUAUGUAUGUCAAACUUAUUACCCUUAUAGCAAGCUGAAAAUUAAGGUACUUGUGUUUAUGCUUUUGUGUAACUGUUUGCCUUUUCUAAACUGUUCUUCUUGUUAUCCUAAAAUAUAAUUCUGUUGGUUAUAUCAUGUUAAGUGAAGAGGCUCUCCGUGCACAAAACACGUCUAUGUAGCAGUAAGGCAACAGCAUUUGUACAUUUUCUGUCUGUCUCCCGAUGGCAGUGGUGCCUUUGUCACCUUUUGGAAGGUUGACAUUUUGGUUUUGUUUUGAAGGACAAGUACUAUCUUGCUUUUGACUUCACAGAAAUCUCCCCAGAUGUAAAAGAUAGAAAAUGGCGUGUUGUCAUCCAGGUUUAGUUGGAGCAUUUGCAUUUUCCUCUUUGUCAAAACAUGUGUAGGUUGGUGGGGAUUGGCCAGUAAUAAUGUGUGGAGUCUUUAAACAAGAGUAAUUGUGAAAUUUUUUUAAAAAAAAGUAAAACUGAAGAGACGACCCAUUAACAAAUGACCUAGUUGGAGAAUUAGGGGAAGACUGUCUUGGUUUGUCUUAAGAAAGCAAGCUUAGGCUGCAGGCGACUGGGCAUGUAGAGCAUGAGCCGAGAUUAGUUCUUACUCAUUAACGGUGCUGCGGCACCUCCUUACCUGUGCAUUUGUUUUCUCUGGGCAGUCAUGUCAGCCAGUUAAUCCACCAGCUUUUAGGAAGUUUACAAGUAAAUGCAGAUUUUCUUUUUCUUUCCUUUUUUUUUUUUUAAGAUUUUAUACUACAUCUUGUUUAAAGUCCUAUGAAUGUAUGUGCCUGUUAUUAAAACGGCUUUUUCUCAGUUUGAA